GUAAACCACCCCGUCCCUCCCUUUCACAUUUCAUUCAGCUUGAAAAUUUCAUAGAGUUCGGUCAAUUGUCAAAUCUGCUCAAAACUACUUAAUUACUAGGUGAACGAUGGCACGUACCAAGCAAACAGCCCGUAAAUCGACCGGAGGCAAGGCGCCCCGCAAGCAGCUGGCCACCAAGGCGGCCCGUAAAUCGGCGCCAUCCACCGGCGGAGUGAAGAAGCCACAUCGUUACCGUCCUGGAACGGUGGCCCUGCGCGAGAUUCGUCGCUACCAGAAGUCCACGGAGCUGCUCAUCCGCAAACUGCCGUUCCAGCGUCUGGUGCGCGAGAUAGCCCAGGAUUUCAAGACCGAUCUGCGCUUCCAGUCGGCGGCCAUUGGAGCCCUACAGGAGGCCAGCGAGGCGUACCUGGUCGGUCUGUUCGAGGACACCAAUCUGUGCGCCAUUCACGCCAAGCGCGUCACCAUUAUGCCCAAGGACAUCCAGCUGGCCAGACGCAUCCGUGGCGAGCGGGCCUAAAUGCCCAUGUCCGCCAUCUUGGAUUGGAAAAGCAGUGGCGGCAAAACUAGCAACCCACAGCUGUCGCUUGGAGGGGGGGAUUCGGAGCUGAAGGUGGAGGUGGAGAAGCGGAAAACCAAACCCCCGGCUGCAGCUGCCGCCGCUUAGUACUUAGGUCUAUCUAUACUUACCGAUAAGUAAUCAAUACACAAUGUUCUAAUAAAAUCGAAUUCAUUUUUUUUGUAAAUGUUUAACCACAAAGAAAAGCGUUCAUUCAUA